CCUUUACUCUUUACAGUUUAUCAUAGAAGUAUUGUUCAGUCAGACAGAGGUUUUUCAAGGUUUCAGACAUGAGUUUUUCUCAAUACUUCCUGGAGAUAUGUGGGCUUGAACCUGGGAAUUUUAGAAAGUGGAGUUUGUGAUCUCUGCCACUGGGCUUAUGAAACAUAACUCACAUGCAUCAUGGGUUUUCUGUGUGGCUUUGGGACAAAACAGUAUACAAGCUUUCAAGCUUCCCAGAACUUUUUAUAUGUCUACAAAAAUAGUGUUAUGAGUUUGUGGGGUGUGAGACACUCUAAGUUCCUAGGUCCAAUAAAAGUGAGAACUAAUCAAGGUUUGGGGGAAUUAAACUGUGGCAAACAGCUUAUGUUAGAGAUACUAGCCAGGCCUACCUGAUCAUGGCUUGUUGAGUGAGAGUUGUUAGGGGAACAAAGCUUGAUGGUGGCCAAAUCAUUAACCAAACAGGGGCAGGGAGAUGGGCAACUAACAGCAUACGGGUGUGAGCCCCUCCUUCCUGUAGAGAGGUAGUUAGGUAAAGGGACCCCUGAUCAUUAGGUCCAGUCGUGACCGACUCUGGGGUUGCAGCACUCAUCUCGCAUUAUUGGCCGAGGGAGCCGGCGUACAGCUUCCAGGUCAUGUGGCCAGCAUGACAAAGCCGCUUCUGGCGAACCAGAGCAGCACACGGAAAUGCCGUUUACCUUCCCACUGUAGCGGUUCCUAUUUAUCUACUUGCACUUUGACGUGCUUUUGAACUGCUAGGUUGGCAGGAGCUGGGACUGAGCAACAGGAGAUCACCCCAUCGCAGGGAUUUGAACCAUCGACCUUCUGAUCAGCAAGCCUUAGGCUCUGUGGUUUAACCCACAGCACCACCUGUGAGGUAGUUAGCAGGAGACAAAAGGCUAGUUUUUAGAAUGGUCAUUGGCAGUGAUGUGCUGGCAAAAACUGUGAGGCUGUAAAAAGGAGACAGAGGGCAUGGCUGAUUUCUCUGCUGGAUCCAAGUUCACUGUGCCUAUGGGAGAAGCAAGAGACCUUAUUGGAGUGUAAUGCUUGGAGGCUCAGGUGGUAUUGAUGUGUAAGUAAGCCAUAGAUCAUAAAGACAAAAAGCUGUGCCUCAUUUCCAAAGGUAACCCAAAUCCUGGGUAAGUGCCUGGAACCCCUGGAAUCUCACACUGCUCGGAGAUUGGGGUAGCAUGUAAAGCUUUUUGCAAUUUUUUAAAAAGUCCCAUUUUAGUGGUCAGCUGGUACAGGGACCAAAUAUAGUCCUGUCAGGGGCAGCCUGUCCCAUUUCGCUGCUUGAGGCCAAACGGGAAGGUGCAGCCCAACUGCCAAAGCUUCCCUUAUCUGGGUCUGGUGGCAGCGCCCGUGAAGCAGCAACAAUGGUGAGUUCUGGCAAGUUAUCGUGAGAUUCCAGUGAGAUCCCGCUGGUGAAGAAGUGGUGGUAUAGACAGGGUGUCUGCAGUGGCACCAACUUUGGGGGGGGGUCUGCCACCCGAGGCAGGUGCUUCACCCCCCCAUGGGUGGGCUGGCCCUGGGUACCAGUCCCUGGCACACUCUGUGUGUGAAUAAUUGCUGGUCCACCACAUCAGAUAGUUUGAGAAGCACCAUGCCUUUCAUUUUUAAAAGCAAUAUAAGAAGCCGCCUUCAAGCAAGUCAGACUGUUGCUCUAUCAAACUCACAGUGACUAGCAGUGGCAACUGAGGAUUUCAGACCGGAGUAUUUCCCAGCCCUACCUAGAGAUGAUAAGGAUCCAACCUUUUUUGCAUGCAAGGCAUGUACUUCAUCACUGAACUAGAUAUAUUUGAGGCAUUCUUGUCUGGGUGGGAAAGAGACUGUCAGGUCUUGAAAACAGGAGAGGAUUGCGAGAUUCUCACACGUGGAUUUUCCUGGUGGUUUUUUUUAGCUGAAUCAGUGCUUUGAAAGCAACCUUUUGCAAUCGUUGCUCAUUUGACAGGCCCAAACUAAAUUACAUCACUUCCUACGAGCAAUCAGACAUAGUGCAUCUCUUUAAGGCAUCUUACACAUCCAACCACAAAGGCAGGAAACAGGAAAUGUACAUGUUCUGUACAGCUAAGGGAGAAUGAAACAAACUUCGUACCUGAUCACAGAGACGUCAACAUGCAGAAACACAACUUUAUGUUGCCUUUAUUUCUGUUGCUCAGUGAAAGACCUGCAUGCUGUGGCUCUACAACAGCACUGGCAGAUGAAGAAUAUUCAGGGCAUGGCUUGACAAUACCUGUUACCACAGAAGUACCUGUACUGAAUACACUGGGAUCACCUACACCUGUUAUGAUUUUGACAACCAGUGACCAGGGUGUGCAAACUGCCACUACAUUCGCAGAAGCAGAGAAUACGAAAAUGGGAACCACUGCCUCUGCAGAAAUGGAAGACCUACUACAUCCUGCUUUGAUAUACGGAAUCCCUGCUGCUAUGCUUCUAGUCCUGGUUGUUUUGCUGGUUGUCUUCAUUGCAAGACGUCGCAAGCAGAAACCACCCAAGCAAGAGGAACUAGCAAGUGAAAGCUGUAAAAGUCCUAUUUUUGAAGAAGACACACCCUCUGUAAUGGAAAUAGAGAUGGAAGAGCUUGAUAAAUGGAUGAACAGCUUAAAACGAAAUACUGAAUGUGAAUAUUUGCCUCCUGUGAAAGAAGAAAAAGACUGCAAUGCCAGCCCAAGUGACUGCGAAUCUUGAAAUCAAGAAGGCAUUAUAUGGAUUGAAGGAAGACACAGCAAAUCUUCUAAUUCCUGAGAUCUGAGGUGAUCUGGAUUUGAGUUUCCUUCACCUGAAACAGUCAAGGAUGCUCAGGCAUUUGUCCUUUCCUGCUGCUUCUGUUCCUCAUCAUGAUGACAUCAGUUCUGCAAAGCAAAGGUCCUGGGGAAAAAACAUUCUGCUGUGAAAUUCAGAAGGAAUAGGAAGAGUACGAUCCUCUUUCAGACAUUUCCCAGAGCAAUUCAUUCCCCCGCCACCCCUUUGAUCAAUCACGUUAUGGUAUUAUUUUGUAAGGUUGCCCAUUACACUAAUGUUUUCUUAUACCGUAUACAAAGGACACUGUGUCCUUGGUUCUGAAUUUCUUUGCUCCUGUGUGUUUAAAUCACAGUUCUGAAAUACAAUCCAAGGAACUGGCAUUUAAUUUUCUUUCUGGUAAUGAUGGUGAUACUUCACACAGAUUUGAACAGAUGAGGGCCACAGAAACGGGCAAUCAUUCUAUAAACGAAUGUAAGCAUGGACAUCAUUUCAAACAACCAGGAGCUGUCCGAAGAUUUGGGACAAGGAAAUACUGCGAGAUUUGGAAAGCUUGUAUUGUGUUGAUAUGGAUCAUGUCAUUAUAUAGUUGAGUCACUAGAUGGUGCUGGACUGGUAUCUGAAGGGAGCCAGGAGUUUCCUGUGACUGUUCCUUUUAAAGAGAUGUAAUAAAGUUCUUUUUCUAGCUUCCUA